UUUUGCUCACUUUUUUGUAUCACUCACAAAUUGAAACUAUUCUCUCCUCUAAACUCUCUAUUAAUUUGGCUCUUUGCUUAAUUAUUUUAUUAAGCAUCUUUUUAUUACAAUGGCAAUUUCUAAGGUUUUAAUUGCUUCAUUCCUUCUUUCAACUCUCCUUAUUCAAUUUGUCCAAGCUACUACACCUACACCUGCGCCUGCUGGUAGCGUUAUAAGUCCGGCACCCGGUGGAUUCAUAGAUUGUGAUGCAGCAUGUUUAGUAAGGUGUAGCAAAUCAAGCAGGCCAAAUCUAUGCCAAAGAGCGUGUGGAAGUUGUUGCAAAAGGUGCAACUGCGUGCCACCAGGUACUUACGGCAACUACGAUAAAUGUGAAUGCUAUGCUAGUUUGACCACUCGCGAUGGCAAACGCAAGUGCCCUUAAUUAAUUUAAUACAAUUAUUACCCCUUAAAUUUAUGUUUAAUUUGUUUAAAUUAAGCUAAGCUUAUAUUUACUGUUACUCAAAAAUAAGAGUAGCAAUUAUUAUCCCUUUGUACUAAAUUUCUUUUUCAUUUGUAACAUUCGUUGAAAUAAUGAGAUAUGUGUUAGUUCGUUCAAACAAA